AUGGCCACCGAACUCACUGUCCAGUCGGAGCGCGCUUUCCAGAAGCAGCCUCACAUCUUCCUUAACCACAAGGUCGGCGGACCGCGCAAGAACACCCGCUCCAGGAGAUGGUACAAGGACGUUGGUCUGGGCUUCCGUACGCCCAAGACUGCCAUUGAGGGUACCUACAUCGACAAGAAGUGCCCUUUCACCGGCAUGGUCUCCAUCCGUGGCCGUAUCCUCACCGGUACCGUCAUGUCCACCAAGAUGCACCGCACCUUGAUCAUUCGCCGUGAAUACCUCCACUUCAUCCCCAAGUACUCCCGUUACGAGAAGCGCCACAAGAACCUCGCCGCUCACGUCUCGCCCGCUUUCCGUGUCGAGCCCGGUGACCAGGUCGUCGUUGGCCAGUGCAGGCCCCUCUCCAAGACCGUCCGCUUCAACGUCCUCCGUGUCCUCCCCCGAAAGGGAAAGGCUGCUAAGCAGUUCAACAAGUUCUAG